CUGCUACUCCUGUGUCCAAGACCAAUGCAGUUGUCUUUGGAAAACAAUAUCUCGGUAAGUUUCGUCUUUACUCAGGAAUGUAUUUUACACAAACGUUCGAUGCGCGGGAUUCGCUUAAGAAAUUACAGGGGUCUCAACCAAACAAGACAGGGGCCCUCCUUAGGAGCACCCUUCCCUGUGAGAAAUCUUGAGCCGUCAACAGCUCGGAUACUGUUCGUCAUCGUCCCACCCUUCCACAUCCACUCCAUCUCUUUUCUUUUGCGCAGACCCUCGCACCAACUCCCCGGCUCCAUGUAAGCGGAUUGGAGUCCUCUGUAUGCUACUUGCUGCAACUAGACGUAUCUGCUCGCCGCUCCUUCGAUCGCCGCCCACUAUGCUCACGACGCAGACCAGACCUGCGCCAUCAGGCCCGUCCGCAAAAGCCGCCCCCUCAACCAUCACUGCGCUGAAGAGAUGGUCUUGCCACGAUCAAGACUUACCAUCUGUAUCUAGCGUCAAGGCGAUACACGUGUACGAUUUCGACAACACUCUGUUCGGGAGCCCUUUACCCAAUAAGCAGAUCUGGAACGGUUAUACCAUCGGUCAACUCCAGUCGCCCCAAAUGUUUGCCAAUGGCGGCUGGUGGCACGAUUCUAGCUUGCUGGCUGCCACGGGCGAGGGUUUGGAGAAGGAGGAGCCUCGCGCAUGGAAGGGAUGGUGGAAUGAGACCAUCGUGUCUUUGGUUGAGCUGUCGAUGCAGCAAAAGGACUCUCUGAAUGUCCUGCUGACUGGCCGAUCCGAGCCCGAGUUUGCCGAUCUGAUCAAGCGGAUGGUGAAGAGCAGAAAUCUGGAGUUCAACAUGGUAUGCUUGAAGCCAAACGUUGGGCCGAUGGGCCAGAGGUUCAAGUCUACCAUGGAUUUUAAGCAGGAGCUGCUGAGGGAUAUCAUAUUCACCUACAAAGAUGCCGAAGAGAUACGUAUAUACGAAGACCGCGUCAAGCAUACCAAGGGCUUCCGCGACUUUUUGUUUCAAUUCAACAAAGAUCUAAUGGCAGGCUCAUUGCCCACCUCGCGCAAACCCAUCACCGCAGAUGUGGUCCAGGUCACAGAACAAGCAGCCCAGCUGGAUCCCGUGUCCGAGAUUGCGGAAAUACAGCGUAUGGUCAACGCUCAUAACAUGCAAAUCAAGAACGGGACGGCCCCUUCUAAUGCAUUGCCGUUUCAGGUCAAGAAGACCGUCUUCUAUACGGGGUAUAUGAUCUCUAAACCCAUAUCUGAGAAAUUGGCAACCCUGGUCAAGCUUCCCCCAGGCACACCCGAAGGCGACGUGCGAUACCUUGCUAACAGCAUUCUCAUCACACCAAAGCCAUGCCCACGAAGCAUACUGGACAAAGUCGGCGGUAUCGGCCACAAGGUCGUAUGGAAGGUCACUGGAACUGCAUGCUUCGAGAACAAACUUUGGGCAGCACGCGUAGAGCCAGUACCUAAAUCAACCAAAUACUACUCGGAGAACCCGACCCCUACCGUGGUGCUGGCCCUUCGAAAGGGUGGACAACCAAAAGAUGCGGCACGCAUUUACAACUGGCAUCCGGUUGCGGAGGAGGAUGGAUUUGUCUUUGAAAGUGUCGUGGGCGAGAAAGUGCAGCUGAGAAUCGAGGAGGAGCAGUCCCACGAGAGUGAGUAUGAGAGCUACUUCCCAAAUAAGACGCACCAGAAGCGGACGCACCAGGACAAUGGUGAUCAGGACUAUAGCGGGGACGGGCGACCACCACAACAAGCUCGACGUGACGACAGACGUCCCAACGGCACAUCAGCAUACGCAGCGUACCGUGGCGGAAACCAGAGUCGCGGCCGUGGCGGGAACAGAAACCCGAUGUAUGGAGGCCGGGGAGGCCGGGGUGGUGGACAUCGAGGUGAUCGUAGUGGAGGUGGAAGAGGCCGCGGUCGGGGCGGUGGACACAAUGGACCUUCAUCGUACAAGAGUCUCGAUGAUGUGGAUAGAGGUGCUGGACGAGCGACGCAUGACGAUCCGGACCGAUACUAUUAA